AUGCCCCUGCAUGAAAGUAAUCUGGAUCGACAGCCGGUUCGAGGCAGCGGGAAAUGGAAAGUAUGGUCGGCUCCGGCUAUUCUUCGAGCAGCUUUCAGUGCUGAGACAGCCACCUGUCGCCAGAUUCAAAGCUCUAUUGAAGGAGCUGGGCGAAAUAACGCAUCUGGUAGUCGCUACGUGGCGGCGGCAUGUAUCAUGGAAGGACAAAACGUAGGCAUUGAGAAGCUGAAACAGGCCUCCGACCGUGUCCAGGUCUCAGACCAUGUCGAGGUCCCUGACCGUGUCCAGCCGAAGCUUGCCUACGUCAUUCGGAAUAUCAUGUUCGAUGAGUCUACUUUCGAUUUGUUGGUUGGUGACGUUUCAGCUUCGUAUUCCGUGCUUUGCUCCCACGGUCAGUUGACUUUUCGCUUUGAGGGUGAAGACUUGGUCCAUGAUGAGCAUGUAUUCAGGCCUCCGGACAUUUUGUUUCCAGGGAUGAACUCGGCCACGAUGCAUAAGGCGCUCAGCUCCGGCCCGGCAGGCCUUUCGGAGGCACUGUCGGGCAAGUACGUGGCAACAUUGACCACGUCGGACGCACAUGCAGCCAACGUUCGCUUGCUGAGGUUUGUUGACCAAGAAUUGGAGGAUCAUCACUUCUUCCUGCCAUCGCUGUGCCUGCAACAUAGGGUCGGCAACAUAGUAGAGCAGGUGACGAAAUUCCUGGGGGUUCUGGGCGGGAACUUUUCGGUCGCGAAGGUGCUGAACAAGGGAAACCUUUUGCAGGAUCUCCGGGUCAAGGCCACUGCUCAGUUUGCGCGUCCUGAAACAUUUCGAGUCCUCAAGGAAACCCCUGCAGCAUUGGUGGAAGAGUGGUCCCAAGCCCAUCUACAAGCCGUGGAUUUGAUCCAGUUAUGUAUGAGUUAUGAUGACUCCCCGGUGUCUCGCCCGGAUCAUGCCCGCUCAGGGACGCAGCGGGAAGCAUUCCAGCGGCUUGCCAGCUUCUUCAACGGACCGUGGACAGGCGUACAAUUCCAGGCGGGUUCGGUUCGGGAUGGGGAUUGGGCUAAGCACCCGAUGCAUGUCGUCCUUGAGCUACCGAACGGCGGGCAGCUUUGGCUAGGUGGCAUCGCGGCCUCUGGCCAGGUUGAGGUCCUGAUUGCCAAUGGCAUAGGCUGCAUCCUGGCGGCUGCUGCUCAUCCUCCUGUCGUGAGAGACUCGCGCAUAGAGUUCAUGGGCAAUUUGGAUGGCACGGGUGUCGCCCAUGGUGACAUCGACAAAGGACUCGUCAUCCGUAUGUUCGAGAGGGCCCUGAAAUUGCUCAGUUCGGGGCAAAAGAUCUUGGUGUCGUGCAAGAACGGGGCACACAGAUCGACGUUCCUUGUCGCCCUCCUCAUUAUCUUCUUGACGGGCGAAAGCGCGGCAGUGGUAUAUUCGCACCUGGGGAGUCUACGUGCCAUCGUGGAUCUGAGCAGUACGGCACCGGAGUCGAAACAUUCCUACGGCCGAAAAAGCUUGAGGCCUUUCGACUGUCUGGUAAAGAUGGAGCAGUACUACUCAGAGGAAGGCCUUCGGUCUCUGACCAGGUUGAGUAAGCCAGCUCAACUUGCGGUGGGAUUCGAUGGCAGCACUGGCCAGAGACCUCGACUGAACCAGCUCAUGACACCUGCAGAGUUUCAGAACCUCGCUGUGAGUUUGGGUUGGACAGCCCCCGCCGAGGUGCCCGGCAACCCCAGCAGUAUGCUGGAAUGGACGGAUGCAGGUGCUUACGUCUCUGACGCUGAAAGAGACACACGAGCGAGGAGCUACGGCUCUGCUGCCAAGAAGAAGGCAGUGCCGACGAAGGACAAGAUGAACCAAAAUCUUAUUCUAAGUCCGACGUCCAAAUUGCCGGAGGUCGGCGUGCUCUUCCUACUCUUCCCAGCAAACGAGACGCCCAAGCGAUUUCUGCUGAGUCCGGAGCAGAAAGCAGCAGUGCUGGAGAGGCGUGUGUGGGAGAAGGCUUGGAUUCGAGUUUCACUGUCGGAGACGGAGGGAGAGGCUGGUGCAGAUCCGAGCGGUAUGUCCACAGUGGAGUCUAUUGACUUGGAGACGAGCGAGGCCGAGUCUGCUGCCAAGCCAUCAUCCGUUUCGAGCCUCAAACUCCAGCCCAAGCCCAAGUACUCGGUCCAUCCACCUGAUCAUCCUCCUCCUGGACAUGUGUCUCCCAAAGUGCGGUCUCCGACCGGGCCAUCACCAGUUCAAUCAGCAGCAAGCACUCCUCGGGCAGGCUUUGAAAAAGCAGAUUUCGAUAUGCUGAGGACGUUGAUGGCCAAUCUGAAGGAGUUGGACCAGAAAUUGGGCAAGGUCUCUGAUGAGGAAGGGGAUAUGGUGGAUGUGGAUGCGACUCCACGAGGCGAUGCUGGGCCGGCCGCGGGUCAGGAUGAUGAGUAUGAGGCACCAGAUUGGGGAGAUGACGCCGAUCAGGACUCCUUCGGUGUCCCACCUGGAACUGAGGCCAGCCAAGAGCCUGAAGAGGAGAUUCCAGCUCCAUCGAACAGAGAAGAGUUUCGUCGCUUGAUUCAGCUGUUGGAAGAGCAGCAAGUGCAUUUGAUCAGUCUCAUGGCACAGAGGGAGGCGGAGGCUCGUGGGGCAGAGGCAGCGGCCUCUGGCCAGGACACCGGCAUGGGACUCAUCGAGGCGGUUUUCAAUGGAGAGACGGACUUGGCCCUGGCUUUGAUCAAAUCUUUGCGGCCAGACUCCAUCGAACACAUGGCUGACCCUGCUGGCAUGACUGCUCUUCACUGGAGUGUUCGUACCUGCAACUUGCAGGUGCUCUUUGCGAUCCUUGCCAAAUGCCCGUCGUUAGCAGACAGGCUUAUUGAAAGGUACAACUUGGCACAAGACCUGGUGGACGAUUGCAUGCGCCGUCUCAUGGCGGUGAAGCCGCCACCAUUGCCCCCACGACCCACGGUGACGAGGGCACCGCCGCAGAGUGGCACAGCGCAGCGUGGAGCAAACCAGCGACGUCCAGCCACACCUCAAGGUCCAGGCAAGCAUGCGCUGCAAACAGCAUUCCAACAGGGAAAGCGCAAGUCCCUGAACGAAGCCUCACCAGUGAAGAGGCGGCGGGUCUCGGCAGUGAUGGCAUUGAAAACCAUGCUAGGUGCAGACAUCGUUCUGUCGGAUGAGAUGCCGAUUGACCAGCUGGAGUGUCUUCGCCAGCAGAUGGAACAGGACCUCGGUGAUGUCCACACGAUCGACUGA